UAUCCGGUGUGCCGUUGAAACAGUGUGUCCUGCGCGGGUCGACAAGAGAGUGUGUGUAUGUAUACAGUUAAUUCACAGCAGGCGACGUACUAUUAUUAUAAAAAAGGGUGGUCGGCCCGUUCUAAGGACUCACACAAACACGCACAUUCGGCUGGCGCUAGUCGUACUAUUAUCAUUAUUAUUAUUUUUAUUAUUAUUUUUAUUGUUAUUUUUUAUCAUUAUUUGACGCAGGCGGUUCGCAUUUUUCGUUCAUUCGUUCACGGUCUCUCUCUCUCUCGCGUUCUCUUUAUCCUUCUCUGCCUCACUAUUUUCAGCUGUGGUGACAGGUGGCAGCAGUAAAAAGGUGGUGGAAGUGGCCGACUCGUGUAUGGUAACGAAGUACAUAAUAACAAUAUACCGGUUUUACCAUCGCCACUCGCUUUCUACUGGUAUGCGAUACCAGUCGAAUGCCAUGCACACGGUCCGCGAGCACCGACGUGAACGGCGGUCGUAUUCCUUGUUGGUAUCGGGCGUCGACUCGAAGAAGUCAAAACAACGUUCGAUUCGACAUCUGAUCCUUGUCCAGGCAGUAGAUCCAGCCGUAGGGUCCUGCACGCGAUAUACGUGACGUGGACAACGACGACGAUAAUUGGAGUAUCAACAAACGACCAAGGACUCGCCAUCUUUUUUUAAUAUUUCACGAUGACGGUGGACGAAAACGAAGUGAAAGAGCGGGUGAGAGUGAUUCUGGAAGAAGGCUGUGACGUAUCGGUCGACAAGAAGCGGUCCAAAGAAUUACCGGAAUGGUUCGACGAGGAAUUGUUUACCAGAGGGCAGAAAUACUUUUAUACCAACUUCUACGCAAUGUUUGUCUCGAAAUUGAUGGGUUUAAUAUUGGUAUUAACAGUACCGACAAUAUUGGACGUAUUAAUACUUACAAAUAAAUCAUCUGAUCCUUACAACGCUUUUAGAAGAUAUCUGGACACCAUUAGACACAUGAUUAGGUGGUAUAAUUUUGACCUAAAAGAUUCCACUUCAAAGUCCCAAAAAUCUGUGUCAAUUGUACAUGGCCUUCAUUGCGCUGCUAGUCGAACAUCCGAGAAAGCUGGGCUUGGUCUACGAGUGUCCCAGAGAGACAUGGCAUUAACACAGUUCGGAUUCAUUGGUUUAAUGUUGGUGAAGAAAAAAGAAUUGGCUAUAAUUGGCACGGAAGAGGACGAAAGAUCUAUUGUGCAUUUUUGGCGAACUAUUGGAUACUUGUUAGGAAUUCAAGACAAGUUCAACUUGUGCCAAGGAACUCUCGAAGAAGUCCGAUGCGUAUGUUCUAUUAUUUUGAAAGACUACUAUGCUCCGGCUCUGAGGAAACCUACUCCGGAAUUUAAUCAAAUGGUAGAGGCGCUGAUCGAUGGCAUGAAACCCAUUUCGCCUAUGUUGGAUUUGGAUGCGUUCAUGACGUAUUUGACCGAGAUUUGCGGCGUAACCGAUAUGGAUAAUCGGCUGUCUACUCGAUACAGCCGGUGCAUGUACAACAUACAAACAUACACGCACGACGUUUUGUUGACCAACAAAUGGUUGGCUGUCAUAUUUCGACCGUUGUUGAACUACAACUUGAGGUUUUCUGUGUGGAUCAACAUCAAGUUUCCGUUCGGUGCGGCUUUUAGGUUCGGCACCAAAGUGUUCUCUAGAGUUCAAGAGACACCCCAUCCGGUUCAAGUCCCCACGUCUUAGAGAAUAGGAAAACCACUUUUAUGGAUUUUUUUGUUAAAGGCUAGUUCAGACUAUGCCAGUAAUUUAGUCAAGCAACAAGUAUUUUAGUAACUAAUCAUGUAUGAACAGGUCGAUUUAGUCGAGUAGCUUAGUAAAAUAAUUUAGUUUAGUCAAUC